GACCUUAAACCAAAAUUUUCGUUUCCCCUCCGAUUCCAAUUGAAUCGUAGCUCGUUGGCACAAUGAGAGCAAUACUAAGACGGUGUUAAGAGGCAACAAAUUCCCACCGGUGAAAACACGUCUAUCACUGCGGCGGUUUGAGAAGUGAAACCAGGGCAGGGGGGACGAGUGCAAAGAUGCAGAAUCCGGUUGACACUCCAUUCCAACCUACUAACUAAUAACAGAAAUAUAAGAAGACGAUGGUCCUGGCAAACAGAAUGACCGAUGCUGGCUUUUUUUUUCACUCCUGGCUGUAUCAACCCAAGAUAGCAGGAGAGAAUAAAGAAAUUUAAGAUAAUUAUGAUCUGGGAAGGAAAACCAUAGCGAAUCUCGCUUUGGCUUUGAUUCUUAGAUCGGUGUUGAUAAGGAACCGAUUUUGAUUUAUGGGUUCCAUUCCAUCUACAACAGUUGCAUCUCCCCUUUCGCGAUUUGGAGUUGAACAGCAUCCAUCCUAAAAUUAGGGCUCGAUUCGCAGAUCUCCCUUCGAUUCCUUCAAAUUUCUCAUCUCUCUCGACUUGAUGUAUUGAAGAUGUUUCAUGCUCAAGGAACUGCAAAACACACAUGUUGCAUGCUUGCUGUUUUAUGUAGAACCAAUAAUAAGGAUGUUCCACAAGGAGGAUUCCCGUUUCCAGAUAUCACUUCUUCUGGACGUUUAGAGGUUCAGACUCUAAUUAGUCCUACCACUGAUGAAUUUCGUAAGGCUGUGGAUUCUGUGCAGCCAAACAUUAUAUAUUUUCAAGGAGAAAGACUUAUAAAUGAUGAGGUUGGAUCUCUUGUCUGGGAAGGUGCACAGGAUUUACCGGGCUUAUUCGGCUCCUCUUUGCCCACAACUGUAUAUUUGGAAAUCCCAGACGGUGAAGAAGUAGCAGAGGCACUGCACUUGAAGGGGAUUCCUUAUGUGAUAUAUUGGAAGAACUCAUUUUCAUGUUAUGCAGCCUGCCAUUUUCGACAUGCACUAUUUUCUGUGGUACAAAGUUCUUCUAGCCAUACGUGGGAUGCUUUCCAGCUGGCACAUUCAUCCUUCAGGUUAUACUGUGUAAGGAACAACCUUGUACUCCCCAAUAAUUCCGAGAAAGAUGAUAACACAUUGGGUCCGUGCCUUCUGGGGGACCCACCCAAGAUCAAUGUUCCUCCAGCGGAGGCAGGGGGUGAAGAUGACGAAGAAAAAUAUCCUGAGGACCUUCCUGCAAUUAAGAUAUAUGAUGAUGAUGUCAACGUCAGGUUUCUUGUUUGCGGAUCUGCAUGCACGUUGGAUGCGUCUCUAUUGGAACCAUUGGAAGAUGGACUGAAUGCUCUUUUGAGUAUUGAAAUGCGUGGGAGUAAACUUCACAAUCGAGUUAGUGCACUUCCUCCACCUCUCCAGGCAGGAACGUUUUCUCGAGGUGUAGUGACCAUGCGAUGCGAUAUUUCAACUUGUAGUUCUGCGUAUAUUUCGCUUUUGGUAUCAGGAAGUGCGCAAACAUGCUUUGAUGAUCAGCUUUUGGAAAAUCAUAUAAAAAGUGAAGUCAUUGAUAAAACUCAGUUAGUUCAGGCAGUAUCCAACUCCGAUGAGAACAAACUAUCUGUUUGUGAACCUCGAGAAUCCGCUUCAAUAGCCUGUGGAGCCACAGUAUUUGAAGUUUCUAUGAAGGUCCCUUUAUGGGCUUCACAGGUUUUGAGGCAGCUAGCACCAGAUGUUUCUUACCGUAGUUUAGUUGCACUCGGUGUUGCUAGUGUUCAGGGUUUAGCUGUUGCUUCGUUCGAGAAAGAUGAUGCAACCAGAUUGCUUUUCUUCUGUAAAAAAGUAGAUAACAAUAUCCAUGACAGGAUGACCAAUCCCCCCAUCCCCCCAUGGAUGAGGCAACCUCUCCCAAGUAGAAAACGACAAAUCAUAAACUCAGAAACGAGUCGUAAUAACGGUAUGGAAUCAGGGAACGGGUAUGUAAUGGUUAGGCAGAAAACAAAAAUUGCUGCGCUGAGACCAAUUCCACACAUUCGCCACCAGAAAAUGCUACCCUUUGUAGGGAUUUCAGAGACAAAUGGACAUGAUUUUGGAGGACAAGUGAAGACCCAUGUUUCAUCCAUGCCCUCUAACAAACACAAUAGUGCAGGAUCAGCCCCUGUGGCUCAUCGCAAGUCAUUAUCAAGCUCCUAUCAAGCCAAACACCUAGUUUCAUUAAACCCACUUCCUUUGAAGAAACAUGGUUGUGAUAGGAGUCCAAUACAUGUUUGUUCUGAGGAGGAGUUUUUGAAGGAUGUGAUGCAAUUUUUAAUCCUUCGAGGGCAUAAUCGUCUUAUUCCGCAAGGCGGUCUUGCUGAGUUUCCUGAUGCAAUACUUAAUGCAAAGCGUUUGGAUCUCUACAAUUUAUAUAGGGAGGUGGUUUCAAGAGGUGGCUUUCAUGUUGGCAAUGGAAUCAAUUGGAAAGGGCAGGUUUUCUCAAAGAUGCGGAACCACACAGUUACAAAUAGAAUGACGGGUGUUGGAAAUACACUCAAGAGACAUUAUGAAACCUAUCUUUUGGAAUACGAAUUGGCACACGAUGAUGUGGACGGGGAGUGCUGCUUGUUGUGUCGCAGUAGCGCAGCCGGGGAUUGGGUGAACUGUGGGGUAUGCGGCGAGUGGGCCCAUUUUGGUUGCGACAGAAGGCAGGGCCUUGGUGCGUUUAAGGAUUAUGCAAAAACAGAUGGAUUAGAGUACAUAUGUCCUCAAUGCAGCAUCUCCAACUUCAAGAAGAAGUUACCGAAAACCAGCAACGGAUAUUCUUAAAGUAAUUCUUACUUACUAGUAAUACCAUAAUUUGGUUUUUGUUUCUAGCGUAUCUUCCUAGUUUGUUUGUGUUAUGAGCAAAAAAGAUGGGGGAGUGGUAAUGAGAUUAGAGGGUAUUUGUGUAAUAUAUGUAUAUUUACCAUUUUGUAGAAUGUUUUUUUUUAUUUCUCAUAA